GUACUAGUUACCGGUCGACUAGUACCUUUAUCCUUUCGAGUCUUUGACGUCUAGCCUUUGAUAUGCCUUGAAUAUAAACCAAUUCCCAUCUGACUAGCAUUUCACUCGACGCGUUUGUCUCGGCGUUAACAGUCUUUCAAGCUUUCAAGUCCGAAACAUUGUACUCAAGUCCCGAGAUCUUGCAUGUGAAAAAUUUGUCUAUCAAUGUCUACACCUGCACCUCCGCCGACAGUCAUUUAUCCAGUGACGCUUCCAAAUGAACUCUGGCUUUCAAUUUUCGAAUAUCUACCUUCACAGUCACUUCGUAAUGUUGUCUUGACCUCGAAGAGCUUUCAUGCAAUCGCUAUUCGUCUUCUUUACAAGCAUCUGAUUCUGACGUCUCCGACAUCGUUUGUAGCGGCGUGCUCAGCGUUGUCUUCAAUCCAACCUUUACCACGCGCUCUUCUUCUUGGUAUAUCCCCCCUCGUGGAACGUCCCGUGGAGCAACUAAAAGAAGCCGUCGCUCUUGUUUCCCUGGCGGAAGCUGACGACUGGACACCCAUUCCCCUCAACCGGCAAACAAACAGGUAUCGCUUCUUCCAAAUCAAGGAUGCCUACCAACCACGCUUCCUUGCCGACGCUACCGUCUACGAAAAUCUCCUUACCCAAGUGGCAUCUUUUACUUCGCUCAGACAGCUCGUCUUCCGUGGUAUGCUUCUCCCGCAAGAUUUACACUCCAUUCUGCGUGACCUUCCACACUUGCGUGAUUUAGCAGUCGUGCACUGCACUGUUCACUUCGCUGGUAUCUAUAUAGAUGUUGAUCACACUUCUCUGAAACUUCAAUCACUUACCCUCCUCGAUAUCCGCGCUGUCUUCCUAUCUAAUGAUGAUGACACCAAUCCUCGCAAUCCUCGCACUCAUCUACGAAUGCUUGCACAAGUCCCCACCAUCCGUACUCUCACAUAUGACCACACUGUCUGGUUACAUCGUGUUUUCACGUCUUCCUCCCCACCUCCGCAACUCACUGCUCUCGACGUAAAGUUCCCUAUCCAUAGAGACCGUUCUAGAGUUCCCCCAGGCUUCAUCUCGUUCCUCGAGACUCUUCCCUCCCUCCGCACUCUCAUCUUGCGAAACCACGUCCCUACCCUUUCACCAUCACCGAGCGCUCUUCCAGCCCUCUGUGCUAUUUCUGCCCCUUUAUCUGCCAUAUCUUCUAUCUGUUCCGGACGCAGUAUCAUCAAACUUGAUAUCCGCGACGAGGCCGUGCUGACGUCACUCUACCAGGCAUUUAAAGAAGUGCACUCUCACUUAUCGAGGGUCCAAGAGCUCUCACUGUUCAUAGGGGAGUGGGAUGACGAAGUCGUGCUGGCCAUCGUCGCGCGUUUUCCUAAUUUAACUAAGUUACAAGUGAGGUAUGCAAGAGGAGGGCCAAGCGAGGAUACUAUACUCGGUAUGGGUUCGCGUACACUAUACGCUCUUCCACACCUCGUAUCCGCACACAUCUUCCGUAUUCCACUUCUCCUGCCCCCUCAAAGUGUCCUUGAAGUGAGGAAGCGUGAUGACGAUACCUUAUACGGCGCCCCUGAUACGCUAAUGGAGGGUGUUCUCAGCCUGCAGCGGCUGCCUUUCUCCCAAGACGUCGCCAUAGACUUUACGGACGAGCAAGAACCUCGAAUGUCGGAGCCAUUUGACGAUUACACUCGCGAACUUAUCAUCGCAUGGAACCGUACUUGUCCUGGACUUCGCACUGUUCAGCUGCACCCGGGGUGGGUAUGGCGGCGUGCUGACCGUAUUGACCACUGGGCUGCGAGGCCGUGUGAAUCGGGCAUUUGGGGCAAUGUCUUCGGGUAGGUCGUUGGUGCAAAUCGUCCGGGGGGCAGAACCAAGAUGAGAAAGCAAGUACGGAGACAAACAAAAGAGGGAAACAGAUCGAACACGACACUACCAAGGAAUUCUCGAAUAUCUAUUCGACGCACAGGAUGGCUUUUUGUGUGUAUCAUUUUAGUAGUUUGUAUUUGUGGGUUUUUUUAUUAUUGAUAUUCUGCUAGGGGAGUGUAUGCGUAGGUACCUUUAUGUAUCAGAGGUAUUCUGUAGAGCUUUUUAUUGUACUGUAUUCGAUUCUUUUCGAUGUUGUGUUAGUUUGCUCUUGCGCUCGUCUCAGAUUUGGGAUAGUCCUUGAAUAUAGGCUGGCCAAAACUCUGAGUCUACUAAGUCUGAUUAUUACCGACCCAUGAAGGUUCCAC